CCGGCCUCUGUGAUGUCAGCGCCGGAACCUGGAAUCCCGGCUCCGCGAGGGAAGGCUGGGGAGGCGGCGGCGACCGCGGGUGGAGAGCGUCCGCGGCAGCCUCUGAGGAGCGCGGGGCGCAGCCAUGAGCGAGUCCAGCGCCAGUGCGCUCCAGCUCGGCAGGCCCAGCCGGCAGCCCGCGGUCCAUCCAGAGAACCUCUCUCUAGAUGCCAGUUGCUUCUCCUCUCCACCUGUGAACUUCCUCCAAGAAUUGCCAAGCUACCGGUCCAUUGCACGCAGGAGAACGACUGUCCAUUCCCGGGACAAGCAAAGCGGCACUUUGCUAAAGUCAACUGACUCUUACAGCUCCCAGCUGGAGGACAGAAUCGCUGAAAACCUCAGCAGCCAAUCUCUUCGAAAUUAUGCACUGAACAUCUCUGAGAAGCGGAGACUAAGGGACAUUCAGGAGACACAAAUGAAGUAUCUCUCCGAGUGGGACCAGUGGAAGCGGUACAGCAGCAAGUCUUGGAAGAGGUUCCUGGAGAAGGCUCGAGAGAUGACGACCCACCUGGAGCUGUGGCGGGAGGACAUUCGCAGCAUAGAAGGGAAAUUUGGCACUGGGAUUCAGUCCUAUUUCUCCUUCUUGAGAUUCCUGGUGUUACUGAAUUUGGUGAUAUUUCUGAUCAUCUUUAUGCUGGUUUUGCUCCCAAUCUUACUCACGAAAUACAAGAUCACCAACAGCAGCUUCGUGCUCAUUCCUUUCAAAGACACGGAUAUACAAUGUACAGUCUAUCCAGUAAGCAGUUCUGGACUCAUUUACUUUUACAGUUAUAUCAUAGACUUGCUUUCUGGCACUGGUUUCCUGGAGGAGACUAGCCUCUUUUACGGACAUUACACCAUUGAUGGGGUGAAAUUUCAGAACUUCACCUAUGAUCUGCCCCUGGCGUAUUUGAUAAGCACAAUCGCCUACCUGGCCCUGAGCCUUCUUUGGAUAGUGAAAAGGUCGGUGGAAGGAUUCAAAAUCAACCUGAUUCGGAGUGAGGAGCACUUUCAGAGUUACUGCAACAAGAUCUUUGCCGGCUGGGACUUCUGCAUCACUAACCGCAGCAUGGCGGAUCUGAAGCACAGCAGCUUGCGGUACGAGCUCCGAGCAGAUCUGGAGGAAGAAAGAAUACGGCAGAAAAUAGCAGAAAGGACCUCAGAAGAAACAAUACGCAUUUACUCUUUGAGACUGUUUUUGAACUGUAUUGUUCUGGCUGUUUUAGGGGCAUGCUUUUAUGCAAUAUAUGUAGCAACUGUCUUCUCUCAAGAGCACAUGAAAAAGGAAAUCGACAAGAUGGUUUUUGGAGAGAACCUCUUGAUAUUGUAUCUACCGUCUAUUGUGAUCACGCUGGCCAAUUUUAUCACCCCAAUGAUCUUUGCCAAGAUCAUCCGCUAUGAGGAUUAUUCCCCAGGCUUUGAGAUCCGGCUGACAAUCCUUAGACACGUGCGACCUCUGCGGCUACAACCAAGAAAACUCUACCCGUGCUGGGAGACCCAAGUUGGGCAGGAAAUGUACAAGCUGAUGAUCUUCGACUUCAUCAUCAUCUUGGCUGUGACACUCUUCGUGGAUUUUCCUAGAAAGCUCCUGGUGACCUACUGUUCCUCUUGGAAGCUGAUUCAGUGCUGGGGGCAGCAGGAGUUUGCCAUUCCUGAUAACGUCCUGGGGAUAGUUUAUGGGCAAACCAUCUGCUGGAUCGGAGCCUUUUUCUCACCCCUUCUCCCUGCAAUUGCAACCUUGAAAUUCAUUAUCAUCUUCUAUGUGAAAGAGUGGAGUCUGCUUUAUACCUGCAGACCCUCCCCCAGGCCGUUCAGAGCAUCCAAUUCUAAUUUCUUCUUCCUGUUGGUGUUGUUGAUCGGGCUGUGUUUGGCAAUCAUACCUCUGACAAUCAGCAUAUCACGCAUCCCUUCCUCGAAAGCCUGUGGGCCGUUCACCAACUUCAACACCACCUGGGAGGUCAUCCCCAAGACGGUGAGCACCUUCCCCAGCUCGCUGCAGUCCUUCAUCCACGGCGUCACUUCCGAAGCCUUUGCAGUUCCUUUCUUCAUGAUUAUUUGCCUCAUCAUGUUUUACUUCAUUGCCUUAGCUGGAGCACACAAACGGGUGGUCAUCCAGCUCCGAGAGCAGCUAUCCCUGGAAAGUCGUGACAAGCGCUACCUAAUCCAGAAACUAACAGAAGCCCAAAGGGACACGAGGAACUAACUAGACUGAGCGUGAAGAUGGCGCUGCCUGUUGCUUCUAAGCUGACCUAGUGAUUCUGCUGAGCCUACAGAGUCUACCUGGGUUUUGAGUGGACAUUUAAAAAUAUAUUUUUCUGGAGUUUAGGCUUU